GAUUCACAUUUUCCCGAUGACUUCCACUCUAAUCUCCUCAAAUCUCUCUUCCUCUUUCUUCUCUACUAAAAAUCUCCACCGGAUUCGAAUCCCAGCGACUUCAAUUCCCGGAGUUUGCAACAUUCGCGCACGCCGUUCAAAAAUCGUCGCCAAAUCACUCAAUCUUCCACUUCUUCCCUUCAGCAUGAGCGAGGUUCUUGUACCAACGGAGAGUAAAACUUUGCAUUUGUAUGAAGCAAGGUACUUAGCUUUACUUGAAGAGUCUAUGAAGAGGAAGAAGAAUAUGUUUGUUCAUUUCAUUCUGGAUCCUAUUUCGAUUAGUGAGACUGCAACAGAAGCUUCUUUUGCUGCUAGAUAUGGAUGUUUGGUACUUAUUGAAAACGUUGAGAGAUUGGAUGUUGGCGCGCUUGUUUCGAUAAGAGGUGCUGGUCGUGUGAAGAUUUCGCGGUUUUUAGGGGCAGAUCCUUAUUUGUCCGGAGAGGUCAGACCAAUUCAAGAUCGUGUGAAUUAUGAGAGCAGCAAUGAAUUAACCUCAAAAAUCUCCCAGCUGAAGGAAUCUAUUAAGAAUCUUAACAGCUUGGAAAUCAAACUUAAGGCUCCAGCAGACUCGCCGCUACAAACGCGUCUCAUUAACUCUCUAAACUGGGCUGAAGAUGAGCCGCUGGUUGAAUUUGACGAAUCAUUCAUACCUUCCCUCCAAGAACGUCUAAGCUUUUCAUCAUUUCAACCCAUUUCUGGAUCGACGAAGUCGGAACUAUCAAGGUUACAACAAGAGAAAUUAAAAGCAAUGGAUAUGAAAGAUACAAUAGAGAGGUUAGAACUCUCAAUGGGACUCAUAAAGGAGAACAUUUCCUCAAUUGCAGCCAAACUCGCCAUCCAAUCCUUGGACAUUCGCUAAUCGUUAGACUAUACAAUAAGUCUCUCCUUGUAAA